AGAAUGUUUUGAACCGGUUUUUUGAAAUGAGUCGAACUUCCCAUAACCGCUAAACUUCUACACGGAAGUACAUAUGCAGUCACACGUACGACGUGCUUGUUUAGAAAACAAUCAAAGGGGAAAAAUAUCAAAGAUCGCAGUUUUGGGGCAAAUAAUGAAGACACCUGCUGUAAUCCACCUCUGAGGGUGUACAAGAAUGUCAGGGCUUAUGUUGAACCUGGUUUGUGAGCCUAGUCGAGGAGGCAAAUCAGGUGAAUCCAGAGGAAAUGCCAAGCAUGAACGUUUCCUUGGAAGGAGACAUUACCUGGAGCACAAUUUGUUAAAAGAGAAACAAAAUAAAAUGCAAAACAAAAAGAACAUGCAGAAAAAUAAAAACAAGCCGAGAAACACGCAGCUCAAUGGAGGUGAUCAAUCAAAACCAGCUGCUAUUUUUCCUAAAUUCACCUCUUAUCUGCCUAAUAAGACCAAUGAGCCUUCUAGUUCUGCACAGACAUUUUCAAGGAAAUCCACAUUUUCAUUUCCAUCUCAGAGGCAUCCGACACACCAAGCAGCUCCCCCCACUCUCGGACCGUUGAAAUACGUAGCGUUGGACUGUGAGAUGGUGGGCACAGGACCGAAGGGGUGUCACAAUGAACUCGCCCGCUGCAGUAUCGUCACCUACGAUGAUUUGAUUUAUGAUAAAUAUAUCAAACCCAUUAAUCCUGUGACGGAUUUCCGCAGUCGCUGGAGUGGAAUCAGGAGGCAGGACCUGCUCCAUGCCAUACCCUUUGAUCAGGCACAGAAAGAGAUUGUGAAGAUAAUAACAGGGAAAGUGGUUGUGGGCCAUGCCAUCCAUAAUGACUUCAAGGUCUUAAAAUAUUUCCAUCCUGCUUGCCAAACACGAGAUACGGCUCAGAUUCCUCUGCUAAACCAGAAAGCUGGACUGCCUGUGAAUGAAAUGGUGUCUCUGAAGAGGCUCACUAAGGCUAUUUUUAAAAAAGACAUUCAGACAGGGAAGGGAGGCCACUCAUCAGUAGAAGAUGCCAAAGCCACCAUGGAACUGUUCAAAGUAGUGGAAAGCAUGGGAGCAAAAACUCUCAGCUCUCAGCCUUUCAGCUCUGAAUCCUCUGAAUCAAGAAACAUAAAAGCUUUUUAAAGAUAGGAUUUUUACUUCUCACUUUUUUUUUUAUCAGCUAAACAUCUCAGCUAUGCUUGGGUUUAAAUACCACUAGGGGGCUCUUCAGUUUCUGUAAAAAAAAAAAAUUAAAAGCCUUUUAAGUUAACUAUAUUGGUUUUGUUGGCUGUUUAAAGCAAAUAAUUUGACAUUAUGAUAAACUGUCCACAUGAUGUUUUGAGUUCUGUUCAGAAACUUUACAGAAAGUUUAAAAAGAAAAAGAAAAGAAAGGAAAAGAAAAAAAAGCUCUCUCUGCUCUCCAGCUGUCUGUCUUUCUGAUGUCUGACGAACAGGACGAGUCAGCAUUCCUCUUCUACUCUGAAUUCAACACCACCACAUGAAUUAAAGCUCCUCCUGUAUUUAACUGUCCAAAUGAACAGGGCCUCAGCUUCUAUCCUUGAGAUUACAGUCAAAGCUCUUUUCCUUCCAAACCCACUCAAUCAUCAGUCAGUCUGUUUUUAAGAGUCCGGUCGCACCACUUUGGUGAUGUUUGGAAAGCAGCUGGAUGUUCCUUGCCCACCAGUUUCCCAGCAGUUGAGCAAGCUCACGAUGGACUGAUUUUUAGCCUUAUUUGGGAUUCUCUCUUGCAGAAAGGUUCAAUCUAACAUACUGUAGAAAACACAGUCUGUUAAUUGCAUUACAUACAGUAAUCUCACUUUUUUUCAUCUUUUUUUGUAUUAAGGAUAAGUAUUCUUUAAAAUAUACAAAACUGAUUCAACAUAGAUCAUUUAGGCCCACACAUUUAGAAUGGCUGUAAAAAUCUUUAGUGCAGUCCUAAAGGGCUCACUGGUGACUAUCUAUGAGGUUUGCCUCAGCCUUAUUCUAAAGAAUGGGUGUUUUUGGCAUAGUGCCAAAUGUGUCAUUUUUCUUGUUUAUCUCUGUAUCAUACAAAUGAUAAGUUUGAAUGUAACACCAUAUUAAAAAAUAAAUCGAGA